GAUGCUGCUUAAUGCCGAAUUCUUGAAGAAUGGAGAUAUUGGUUCGAAGUUCGGUCCAUAAAAUACCAAGCAUUCGUCUCCGGCAUAACAUCUUCAGAGCAUCGACCUUCUUUUAUUCGAUCUGCUGAAAGUCCACGUCCAUGAUUACAUAUGACUUUUUGGCGGGAACGCCAGGAGUGAAGUUGUGUGAUUUGUUUUAUUUUGUCUAUUUAGUGUUUCUUCAGGUUUCAAUGUGUAAUAACGGUGGUUUAUUAACUGCUUAAUAUCUGUGAAAGUGCACAAAUGUGGGAAAAUGAGACAAAGCCGCUGGACGUAGCUUCUCAGGAUCCUCCAGAAAGUCCAUUGAACAAAUCUCAGUAAAUGACCACCAUUUUACUGAUAUUAUAUUUCAUUCCGUAUCAUCUCUUCUAGUUUUUUUUAAAUUUCGUCCCAGUUGAUUAAUGUAUCAAACUAUUUCAUUUUUAAUAAUUUUAUUUUUCAUAAAAAUAAGAAUAUUAAUUAUAAUAAGACGUGACCUAAAGGUCUUAGUUACCAGGCCAUAAAAUCCCUUUAAAAAAAAGGUACAUACUUAUAGGCAAAGGAAAUUCCAUAGAUUAUACUCAUAUUCCUCUAAUAUAUUGAGGGAAAUUCAUUAAAAAGCUGAAAUAGGUACAGUAUUAUGAUUAGUGCUAUCGUUAAAUGCUUAGCGUUAUAAUUAUAAAGAUAUAAUGGAUAACUGCGACUCUACACCAACUCAGGGUACAAAACCUUCAUAUGAUCCUGGUUGGAAUGACCCUCCCAAACUCUCUUAUAAUGGACAGCAACCAACGCCGAAUAGACCACGAAACUUUUUGAAUAAGAGAGUUGCAUUCCCUCUAUCAAAUACUCCUUCAAGCACCCCUGCCCCUCAGCCUGUGAACUUACCUCCAAUGCCCACAUUAAUUCCACCUGUGCCACCGAUACAAAGUAUGCGUCAGCCUACACAAAAUGAAGAGAUUGAAAUUGACAGCAAUAACACACUCAAGGAAGUUAAAGAUAUUUUAUUAGAAUUUUUGGAAAGUAGUUCUGAGCUGGGACCAAAAGGGAAUGAUAUCAAAAGACGAAUAAGUGUAAUGGAGGAUAUGUGGAUUAGUGGAAAAUUAAAUAAAAGCAUACAUAUACAGAUGAAGGAAUUGGCUUAUGCGAUCAGAGAUGACCAGCCAAACAAAGCAGAUGAGAUUCACAGGGCUUUGAUGGUGGACCAUGUGAGCGGAGUUGGAAGUUGGAUGCCAGGCAUCAAACAGCUUAUUCAUCAUUGUGUAGCAAAAUCAGAAUUAUUAGCAUUUGAUAAGGAAUGAUUCAAUUAUCUAUCUGACAUUUCAUCUUCACUCUUCUAAACUUAUAAAGCAAAUAAAAAAAUAUUUUUCAAGUGAGCAUGCAUAAAAUGCUAUCUGUAUUUUGAUAAUAUCCUGAAAUGUAUUCAAUAUUGAUAAUUAAUUCAUUGAAGUACAUUAUUAUGUUAGAAAAAAUUGUAUACACAUUUGUUUUGUCUGUGAUAAUUAUAAUCGCCAGAUGAUUAUUUAAAUUUAAUUUUGAUAAUUGCAUGCUAGUCCAUUGUUUAUUAAUAAUUAAUAUUAAUGAAAUAAAUAUAUUUCAUAAGCGACAGUAUGUGAUUAGUUUUAUAUUAAGCAAUAUCGUUUUACACAAUAUUUAAGUUACUGUACGUGUAAUAUGAAUCAUAAUAAAAUAUUUUUAAUGUGU